AUGUACGGAAAAGCCCCAUUCACGCUCAUCUUCGCCUUCCUCUUCCUCCUCACCUACUCAAUCUUCAUCGGCAUCGUCGACAUCCGAUCCUACUUCCUCCCACUCAUCCCCUCAUCGCCGUCGCAGGUUGUCCGGUCCCUUUACGCCACCACCUCCCCACCUUUCAAGAUCUACAUGUACAAUAUCCCGCGCCGCUUCAACGUCGGAAUUAUGAACUGCCGGAGCACCGACUACACUUCUAUCACCGCCCGAACUUGGCCUUCAUGGCCAAAGAACUUCGAACUUGUUGAAGUCUGGGGAAGAGAUCAAAAGGGGCGGCAGCCUCAGAGCAAGGGGUGGAAUUCUGGAGAACUGCACUGGGAAUACGUAGGAAUGGAGACUCAGACACGGACACUUUGCCACGCUGACGAGAAAUCGUUCUUGUUACAAUUCAAGGAAAGCUUUACGAUAGACAAGUCAGCUUCUUAUUCUCCUUUUGCUUAUCCGAAGGUUACAUCUUGGGCUCGAGAAGGAGAUCAUAAUCAGAGUAACUGUUGUUCGUGGGAUGGUGUUGAGUGCCAUGCGGAGUCUGGCCGCGUCAUUGGCCUUAACCUCAGGAGCAGCUGUCUCUAUGGUUCUAUCAAGUCUAACAGCACCCUCUUCCGACUUGUUCACUUGCAGAUGCUUGACCUCUCAGAUAACAACUUCAAUUCGUCUGAAAUACCAUCAAGAUUGGGCCAUGACCUUUCGAGUCUAUCCUAUCUCAACCUUUCAUGGUCUGUAUUUUCUGGCCAAAUUCCAUCUGAAAUUUCAAAGUUAUCCAAACUGUCUACCCUUGUUCUGUCUUACAAUAAUGGUUUGGAGCUUAGGAAGUCCAUCAUGAGAAUCCUAGUCCAAAACUUGACCAGCAUAAAACAACUUCAUCUUAGUGAUGUCGGCAUAAACUCCACUGUGCCUGAUAUCUUAGUCAAUGCAUCUUCUCUCACAUCUCUCAAACUAAGCUACUGUGGGUUGUAUGGGGAAUUCCCAGUAGGCAUUUUCCACCUACCAAACCUAGAGGAGCUUAGAUUAUAUUCGAACACAGACCUAAUUGGUUAUUUUCCUACUUUUAACAGGACCAAUUCCUUCAAAACAUUGGUUGUUUCAAAUACAAAUUUCUCUGGUGAACUUCCUAGUUCUAUUGGAAACCUUAAUUCCUUAAAUUACUUUGAUAUCUCAGACUGUGGUUUUGAUUCCCAUGUUCCAUCUUCAUUCGGAAACCUUACCCAAUUAACUUAUCUGCAGCUCGGCUUCAACGAUUUGCAAGGAGCAGUUCCUAAGUCGCUUUUCCACCUCAGAAAUCUUGAAUUUCUUGACCUUACUGCUAAUAAUUUGAGUGGAUUAGUUGAGUUUGAUGAGUUUUCCAACCUCAAAAAGUUGAAGGAACUUCAUUUAUCGUACAACAAGUUAUCCAUGCAUGUCAAAUCUGGUUUGAGUGCUACUUUUCCAAAGUUCGAAAUUCUAAAUUUGGCUGAAUGCAACUUGACAGAGUUUCCAGAAUUUUUGAAAAAUCAAUACGAAUUGGGAGAUCUAGACCUUUCUGGUAACAACAUUCAUGGCCAAAUACCAAAAUGGCUCUGGAAUGUAACUAGAGAAACUUUGGUCAAUCUCGACCUCAACUCUAACUUCUUAACAGGCUUUGAGGAGAAUCCAGUCACUCUUCCAUGGAAAAAUCUACAACUGUUUAAUCUUGCUCAUAAUCGGUUACAAGGGUCAUUGCCAAUUCCACCACAAUUUGUCACGGUUUACUUGGUCGACAACAAUAAUUAUAGCGGAGAAGUUUCACCAUUGUUCUGCAACUUGAAUUAUCUUCAAGUUCUUAAUUUGGCCAACAACAACCUGAGUGGUAUGCUUCCACAGUGUUUGGGGAAGUCCAAUAGCUUGGAAAUACUGCAUUUGAUGUUUAAUUCUUUCCACGGCGAUAUUCCUCCAUUUUGUGCUAACAAAAAUAGUUUGAAAUUUGUUGGGUUGGGUUACAAUCGGUUACAGGGGAUGCUACCAAGAUCAAUGGCCAAUUGCAUUCAGUUAGAGUUUCUUCACAUUGGCAACAAUCAGAUCAGUGACAUCUUCCCUUCUUGGUUAGGGGUACUUCCAGUAUUGAGGGGUCUCAUUUUGGGGUCGAAUGCAUUUCAUGGGAUAAUUGGGAAGCCUCCAACUGAUCAUGAGUUCCCAAACUUAUGCAUCAUUGAUUUAUCCAACAAUCUAUUUUCAGGUAUGUUGCCUUCUAAGUACAUGGAGAACUGGAAUUUCAUGAAAUAUGUUGUCACGAACAAGGGAAGCUGGUACUUUACAGUCUCAUCGAACGACAGCACAAAUAAAUAUGGAAAUUACUAUAAAUUUUCAUACGAGAUGAUAAUUCCUGUAAAAGGUGUUGAGUUGACAUAUGAUAAGACCCCCUAUGAUCUGAGACUCAUAGAUUUCUCAAGUAAUAGAUUUGAAGGAGAGAUUCCAGCAAGUAUCAUUGGGAGUCUAAGAGCACUUCAGUUGCUAAACCUCUCCAACAACACUCUCUCUGGUCAAAUCCCCUCAUCUCUGGCGAACUUGACUGCUCUUGAAUCAUUGGAUCUCUCUCAAAACAAGCUCUCAGGAACGAUCCCCGGUUGUUUGGCACAACUCACUUUCCUUGAGUACUUCAACGUGUCGUAUAACCAUCUUUGGGGGCCUAUACCACUUGGCCAACAAUUUGGUACAUUCCUAGAAGAUUCAUACCAAGGAAACUCAGGUCUGUGUGGAGAGCUUUUGUCCAAGAAAUGCGAGGCUUCUGAGAGCUCGAGGCGACCGCCACGAUCAAGCUUUGAAGAAGAUGAAGAGGCUGGAUUUCCAUUUGAGUUUGACUGGUAUGUAGUCUUGCCGGGAGUUAUUAGCGGACUAAUAGUGGGAGUGGUUGCUGGAAACACAUUGGCAGACAAGAAGCAUGAAUGGUUUGUGGAGACAUUCAGCAGGAGGAGAAAGCCAACAACAGCAAGGGCGACGAGGGGACGCCAAACUUAG